CUCAUCUCGUCCAUCAACUCACCACCCGUUGUAUUCACCCGUCAACUUUCUUCAUCAAACUGCUGUACAUAGAUUUACAUAAUCGACUUAACAUUUCAUUGUAUAUCACCCUCACUCUCACCUUUUCUUGCAAGCAACAACACCAUCGACUCCCACCUCUGACCACAAAAUGCCCCUCGGCAUCCAACGCCUCAACGCCAAGAAAUCCCAACCCAACGACCGCAUCAUCUUCAUCAAGCCCAUCCCCGGGCCCCAUGAAGCUAUCGCUCAGGAUUUCCUCGAGCGAAUAGCUGCGCAAUGCGUCCCCAUAAUGCGCCAACACCACCUCUCGGUCACCUCUUUAGAAGAAUUCCCCCCCAACCGUGAAUUUGUCGGCCGCAACUUCAACGCCGGCGAGGUAAUCCAGCUAGUCCUCAAAUCCCAUUCGGGUCGUUGGCUCCCCUUCAACUAUGUUCAAAUGGUCAUGAUGCAUGAGCUCGCCCACAACAAGCAGAUGAAUCAUUCCAAGGCUUUCUGGCAGGUUCGCAACCAGUUUGCUGAUGAGCUGAGAGGGUUGUGGCAGAGGGGUUUCACAGGGGAGGGGCUUUGGGGUAGGGGCGCGUUGUUGAGUACGGGGGAGUGGGAGAGGAAUGCGGUUGGGGAGGGGGAGGAGUUGCCGGAGCAUUUGUGUGGUGGGACGUAUCGGAGUAGGAGGGGGGGAAGGAAGAGGAAGGUGAAGGUUGAUUGGAGGGAGCAGAGGGAGAGGAGGAUACUCAAGAAGUUUGGGGCGGGAGGGGAGAAGCUUGGGGAGGAUGAGGCGGUGAAAAAGGAGUUGGAAAAAGGGAAGAAGGUGAAGGGGAAGCCGAGGGUGGCAGGGAGUGGGAGAGGGAGGGAGUUGAGGGCUGCGGCUGCUUUGGCGAGGUUGGAACAGGGGGGGAAGGGGGAGGGGGAGGUGAAGAAAGAGGAGGAGGAGGAGGAGACGGAUAGUGGGGAUGAAUAUGAGGAGCAUGUGAGCCAGGGUCCGGAUGCGGUUGACUUUGAUGGGAAGAAAUUGCUUGACGGGAAAGGGCAGGGGAUGGUGAAGGUUUGCGACGACGAGAAUCCCAAUGAUCAGGAUGCGCAGGAUGAACUGCGGGAGUUGCAGAAUUUUGGGAGGAUCAAGAAAGAGCCUGGAACUGGGUCGUUGAUUCUCAACUCGGUCAAACCGACACCGAUAAAGCCAGACACCUCAUCAGAAAAGAGACCACCAGUACCAAAACCGAAAGUCCAGGCACAGUCGCCAAAUACCAAACUAUUACACCCGAAAGCAGAGCAACCUCAGCCUCUUAAACUGAAAACAUCAGCGCCAUUACUCACUACUGCCACAACUAAACCGACCAAGUGCCCAACUUGCUCCUUUGACAACGAGCCAAUAUCCGCCAUUUGCGCCAUAUGCAGCAAUGUCCUCAACCCAGCGAGGGUUUCCGACUCCUGGGCAUGUACCAGCACGACGUGUACCGGGACAAAGUAUCGCAAUGCGGGCGACGUUGGAAUUUGCGGAGUGUGUGGAGCUCGCAAGCCACAGGCUAUAUUGGCGGAUCAAGCUUAA